CUCUCUGUUUGUAUGUGUGUGUACUCUAAGUGUGUGCGUGAUGUGCAAAGAGCCCCCAUCUGAAAAGCCUCUUUGACCGACAGUUCUGUGUUUAUGUAAAGAUACUCUCUCAUGAAAAUACACUUUUGACAAAAAUGACACUGUUUGUGCGUGGGCAUGUUGGUGUGUGUAUGUUUUAUGAAUCUGAAUAAGAUGAACCUACAACUCUAUUUGCCAAACACACACCACACACUUUCCUGUCCACUUCAUUCACAUUGAGGGUGAUAUUUUAAACCUGAAACCAUUAAAGAAAAGUCUCUAGCAAAUUGAGUUUCAAAACCGUGGUGCAUAUGCAAAAAUUCCACUCUGUCCGACUAAGAUGUCUCUCUUUUUUCCCUCGUUUGUUCUCUAUUGCUCCUUUAUUGUUCCUCAAGCAAGGGGGAGGCCGAUGACAUGACGACUUCCCAUCAAGCCAACUCCUUGAAUGCCUUCUCCUUGAAGUUGGCAUUUGUCUAAAACUCUUUUUACCCUUUAGUGUGUGUGCACCUCAUGGUGUUUAUACUUGGGAUAUCGCUUUUCAACAGGAAAAGGACGUCUCAGGGAUUCAGGGAGGGUAAGCUGAUCCUAGAUCUGUGCCUCAGGGCAACUUCCACUGGGAGCCAUGUCUGCUGUUGAAUACUAUCGGUUCACAUUUGUCUUGUAUUUCACACACUCAAUUUGCAUCAUUCCAUGUGUUGUUUUCUCUGAGGUUGGAACCCGUUCCAAAAUGGACCCGGGCUUACUCAAAUAAAUAACAAUUUAAAAUCUGGAAACCCAAUCCGAACAGACCCGAGGACAACCAGACCUGGCCCCGUAUAGACCCGGUUGUGUCCAGAUCUGAUCCAAACUCACACCAUAUGUUGUACUGAUCUUUGAACCAGAAGCGCACCAACAGACUGACGAUGUUGCUUUCCUAAGAACCAACAGGAGUGUUGUUGGCGGCCCCCUUUUGAAAGCGGCGUUGUGGAGUCGGCCACUGACAGGAGUGCGUCAUCACUGCUCCCUGUGGUUCCCCUGGUUACUGCACCAAAAAAUCUGCUUUAAUGAAGUAACGCCGGGGCGACAGAGGACCGAAACCGACCCAAACUAACACCUUCCUCCCUGCCCCUCUCCCCCUUUCUCGCCGACACCAUGGGUCAGAAGAUCUCUGGCGGCGUCAAGUCAGUGGACAGUCGUGGCGAGGGUGGCUCGCCCUCCUUCCGCCCGUCGACCCACCACCGGCACCUCCACCCCGAGCUGCGGGGCCCUGACUUCUACAAGCCGCCGCGGCUGGACCUGCUGCUGGACAUGCCCCCCGCGCCCCCUGACCUCCAGCUCCGCCAUGCCUGGAACCCGGAGGACCGCUCGCUCAAUGUUUUUAUCAAGGAGGAGGAUAAACUGACCUUUCACCGCCAUCCUGUAGCGCAGAGCACCGACUGCAUCCGCGGCAGAGUGGGCUAUACGCGGGGGCUCCACGUCUGGCGGAUCCACUGGCCGGCGAGACAACGAGGGACACACGCUGUGGUGGGAGUAGCCACGUCCGAUGCCCCCUUACACUCGGUCGGCUACACGGCACUAGUAGGCAGUGACUCUGAGUCCUGGGGGUGGGACUUGGGCAGGAACCGACUGUACCACGACAGUAAGAACCGGGCCCAGGUUUCCCUACCUUCGUAUCCGUGUUUCUUAGAGCCUGAGGAAGCUUUCGUAUUGCCGGACGCUCUUCUAGUGGUGUUGGAUAUGGACGAGGGCACGUUGAGUUUCAUGGUGGACGGACAGUACCUCGGUGUGGCCUUCAGAGGCCUGAAGGGGAAGAAGCUGUACCCGAUCGUCAGUGCCGUGUGGGGCCACUGUGAGAUCAGCAUGAGAUACGCCAACGGACUGGAUCCGGAGCCCCUCCCCCUGAUGGACCUGUGUCGUCGGGCCGCCCGGGUAGCGUUGGGCCGAGAGCGCCUCCAGGAGAUUGUUUCCCUGCCCUUACCCCAGUCUCUCAAGAAUUACCUGCAGUACCAAUGACCAAACCACGCUCCACCAACUGGGACCAUCUGGAAGGAAACCAUGACGAUCUAAGUGUGAUGGAAGAUAGACAGAAUGUCAGGAGGGUUCGAAUGAACAACGGCGGAUGCUGGAAGCGGAAUGUUUACAUUGUGGGAUAAUUAAGCUCUGCGGUGAAUAGAUAGAUACUUGUGUUCAGGUUUUUGACCCAGAGGAUGAUUGAUACUUUUUUGUUCGGGGUUUGGACUUUUACAAUUAUUGAUGGCUGUAGCUCUCUUCCAAUGAAGCCUCUAUUUCAUGGACUGGUAUGGUCCACGGUCACUUUGAAGUAUGGGUGUUAGGAGACUACUGCCAUCUGCUGGUUUGAGUCAGAACGGCGCCUAGAAGGCACACACUAAAUACCCCGGGAGGCCUUUGAAAUCAUAUCUCUGCUACUGGAUACUCUAUAGUCAGUCUCCUACAAUGUCCUGUCCAGUCGGCAGGCAGACACAGGACUUUUCUACAGGGCUCAGAUGUGUUUCGGUCCAUUUCCAGUUCAAACUGGCCUGGAGCUCACUAGCUCACCGGUAACAUACAAAUAUCUGCCCCAUUGUCUUAAAGGACCCAUUAAAGGACUAUGCCAGUUCUGGACUUACUAGGUUUACACAUCAAGUUUUUCUGGAUCUAUGUCAAGUAAUGCAAGGGGGAAAAAUGGCACAGCACCCAUUUUGGGAGGGGGUGUGGAUGACCACACACCAUAGCAGUCAUCUUUUUUCUCUAGAAGGCUUGAGUCACUUUUAUUUCUGAGUUUGUACCCUAUAUUUUAUUCUUAGUGUGGAUUAUGAUCCUGACGACGAUGAUAACGUUACGAUGACUGUUUAUUUAUCAUGAGGUAGUUUAUUUUUACGUUACGUUUUACGUUACGUUCAGGUAAAUAUACUACACCGAUAUGGGAGAUGAUGAUGAUCAGCGCUGUCACCCUAAGGCUUUUUAAACCAGAUGCUGCUUUAAUAAUUAUUAUUAUACGAUCACUGAUGGUUUUAAUCUAUAUCUGCCUGCUUGGAUGGGAGACCAGGGCCAUUCGGGGGCAUACACAGUGGAAUGUAUGGGCAGUGCUUGUUAGCAGAUCUGAAAUGUGAAUAAAAGCCAAGUGAAUGAAAAAGCCAUUUGUUUUCUGGGAUGGUAAUUUCCUCUGUAUCAAGGUUGGGCUGCCAGGUGUGUGCAAUGUGUGUCUUUCUGGAUAAAAGCCAAGGAAGGCAGAUUUGUUUUUUGUGUUUUUCUCCCUCUUUGUUUAUACCGUCAGUCACGCUCCGGGGAAACCAGGGCAUCCUCAAAUCCAGCUGUGACAGUUUGUGGAACCUCGUCAUCCCUCGACCGCAUCUGACCGAACUCCCUACCCCCUCUCUGUAUCUCUACCUAACUCU